AUGAAUAAUUGUGUUGUUUCAAUUGAAAUCUUGACUGGAUCCAAUUAUAACAAAUGGAAGCAAGACCUAGAGUUUUCUUUAGGAAUUGUUGAUCUUGAUUUAGCUCUACGUGAGGAUAAGCCUGUAGUAAAUGCAGAGAGUACACCUGAGGAGAAACAACUUUUAGCUAAGUGGGAGAGGUCUAAUCGACUUGGUUUGAUUGCUAUUAAGAGGACUGUUUCUGAACACCUGCUUAGUGGAUUGCCUGAAACCACAAGUGCUAAAGAAAUCCUAGAUGCCAUAGGAAAUAGGUACCGAGUAUCUGAUAAUGCUGAGUAUGGAUAUUUAAUGAAGGAGUUAAAUAUGAGAUAUGGUAAUAAUGGGGGUGUAAGAGAAUUUAUUUUGAAGAUGGUUCAUGUGUAG